CUGAUAGGCUAAAAAUAAACUAACAACACUUAUUUAACGGUCACUACUGAUACGACGACGUCUUCACAAGGGCUUGGUUGAAGUCACGAAACGUAUCCCAUACUGCAAAUCGUCUUCAAGCCCAACUCCCGUUUCGGAUGUCUGCAAAGGGGUCUUCGUGUUGCAGCAGCUUGGAUUUCCCUCUCUGCAUCUUCUCUUCCUGCUUGUUCCAAUCGAGAGCUCCUCCAUUCUGCUUCAACACAGAUCGGGCUUUGAACCUUGAUUCCACCGAAUCAACGCAGAUCCAGGUUGUUCACACCGGUGGCUUUUCUCGCGGCGAAAACAUAGGUCAGCCCACCUCCCUUAAAUUCGAGGUUGUCGGGUUGUCACGACUUCCGACGACUCCGCCCCGGCUAGGAAUGACAUUGACAGCUCCAGCUGCACUGUCGAGUUCACAGCCGCCGGGAUCUGAAGCAGACCGAACCGUCGUCCGCCCAUCAUGAUUGAAUUUUUCAAUUUUAUUUUAUAAUAUUAUUAUUUUUACCAUAAAAUAAUAUUUUAUUCUUCACUACAGUUGCUUUGGCUUUGCCCUUGGGUUUGCCCACGUUGAUUGCUCGAUCCAAAAUGGCGACAUUCCGUUAUCUGGAGGAGAAGUUACUGGCGCGUCUGCAGGGGUGGAAAUAGAAAAUUUUAUCCUGGGCGGCUAAGGAGACCUUAAUUAAGUCAAUUGAUUUGGCUUUGCCCCUGUAUGUUAUGUCUUGUUUCCGGUUGCCUCUCUCCCUUUGUCGUUUAUUGGAUAGACAUGUGGCCCGCUUCUGGUGGGGAGCUGAGGAGGGGCACCCCAAGAUUCGGUGGGUGUCCUGGCGGAACCUUUGUCGGAGUAAGCAUGAGGGGGGACUUGGAUUUCGGAGGUUUGAACAUUUUAACCAGGCCCUCUUAGCAAAGAUUGGCUGUCGUAUUAUCCAAGAGCCGAAUUCCCUCCUGGCUCAGGUGUAUAAAGGGAAGUACUUUCCUCACGGAUCUUUUCUAUCUGCUACUGGCCGGUCUAGGCCGUCUUGGGGAUGGCAGAGUAUCCUGUUUGGGCGCCAGCUUUUGGAGGCAGGGUUAAGAUGGCAGAUCGGCAAUGGCCUGUCGGCCUCCCUGGUGCAUUCUAACUGGAUUCCUGGGCUUCAACUGGAUCCUCCUUGCUAUAACCCUCGUGUCCUGCCAAAUGGGGGGGGGGGGGGGGGGAGGGAUCCCCGGGUAGCGGAGGUUAUUUGUCAAGGGGAAGGGCGUUGGGAUGAGAAUAAGCUUAGUCAAUGGUUUGGCCCUUCUGUCUGUCGGGCCAUUACAGCUAUCCCACUUCCGAGGCGGAGUGUGGAUGAUAAACUUAUAUGGCAUAACACUGCUGAUGGGGUGUUCUCGGUUAAGACAGCAUAUCAUCUGGCUGUUGAGCUUGACAGGAGGAGGGGUGGGUGGCGAGACUCGGUGAGUUGGAUGGAUAGACAAAGAUGGAUCCGGUUGUGGGAAGCUAAGAUCCCUCCCAAGCUUAAAGUCUUUGUCUGGCAAAUUUUGAAUCGAGCCUUGCCAACCACAGAGGCGCUCAUUGAAAAGAAGGUUUGUGCUGUCCCGGUGUCCGGUUUGUUGGGAUGGUCCCGAGACUAUGGAACAUUUAUUUCUUUACUGCCCGGUUGCGCGGGCUCUCUGGGAUUUAUCGGGGUUGGAGUAUUUAGGAGAGGCUUUGCCUCGGCACACUUUUCCACUAUUUCUGAAGCGGAUGCUUGCCCUGGUCCAUGAUCAAUCGUUGUUUAUGGCGCUAGUUGCCAUCCUUUGGCGGAUCUGGCGUUCACGAAACUGGGUUAUCUUUGAGGGCAAACAGUUUGGGCUUCCGGCUUUAAUGCGCCAAUUUCAUCAGCAAAUUGAGGAGUGGAUGGGGCUGCCGGUUGACCAGCAGUCAAGGGUGUCGUGCCAGGUGGUCCAGCCAGGGAUCCAAAUGGAUGAUUCUUGUUUGGUUUGCCUGUGGGAUGGGGCAACUAGGAGGGGAUCACACUCGGCUGGAGGCUUGGUUCUUUGUGGUCCGGGAAGGACGGUCCUUCGGGCUAAAGGUGUGCAAUUUGCACGAAUUGAUGAUCCGAUGGUGGUGGAAUUGCUUGUGUUGCGUGAGGCUAUCACUUGGUGUUUAGAGUGGGGUUUGUCCGGGGGUUCGGUUCGAGGGUGAUGCGAAGGUCAUUAUUGACAAGAUUAAUCAGGCCAAUUUGCGGGACAAUCGCUUGGGGGCAGUCCUGGACGAGAUUUGUCAAUAUUUUGCUGCCUAUCCAGGGUUUACUGUGCGGUUUAUAGGUCGGGAGAACAAUAGGGUAGCACAUUUGGUUGCUAGAAAAGCCCUUUCUUUGUACCCAACUGGGAACCGUUAUUUUGAUUUCAGGGCCUGGCUGCUUUCCAGGAUGUAACUAUCUUUCUGAUUGAUUAAUAUAUAUUAUCUUUUGAA